AUGUCAUACGUUGGCCGUCUGUGGAUACUCGCGAGGACAAGGCGCGACUUUGGUUGUGCAGGCUGGACUCGGGCGGGGCUGCACCCUAAUGCAAUGAUUCAUAUUAUUCGGUUUGCGGGCGAGUUGAACGUCUUCCAUUAUUGUCAUUCAUCGGAGGAAGUGGGCGGAGAGGGGCGGCGCGGGUGCGGCGGCGGCCCCCGCGCGCUACGCCGGCACUCAGUCGCUCGCCGACACUCUCGCUGCCAGUACGCGAGAGCCGCGAUGCAAGUCGCCUACGCU